AUGUGGGCCUUCCUGCACUGCCUGGGCCUGAGCCUGGGCCUGGCCUACUGCCCGGCCCAGGCCAAGCUGUGCAUCUCCAGGCAGCUCAGGUUGAACGGGGACUACAUCCUGGGCGGCCUCUUCCCCUUUGGGGUCAGAGACGAGGACGCUCCACAGCAGAGCCGGCCGGAGGGGAUGCUGUGCACCCAGUUCUCAGCAAUAGGGCUGCUGUGGGCCCUGGCCAUGAAGAUGGCCAUCGAGGAGAUCAACAAUUCAUCGGCCCUGCUGCCCGGCGUCUCCCUGGGCUAUGACCUCUAUGACACGUGCUCCCUGCCCAUGGUCACCAUGAAGCCCAGCCUCCUGUUUAUGUCGCAAAGCAAGAGCCGGGACAUCGGUGCCUACUGCAACUACACCCAGUACUGGCCCCGCGUAGUGGCUGUCAUUGGCCCCCACACCUCCGAGCUCGCCCUCAUCACGGGCAAGCUCUUCGGUUUCUUCCUGAUGCCCCAGGUCAGUUACGGGGCCAGCACUGACCGGCUGAGCAACCGGGAGAUGUUCCCGUCCUUCUUCCGGACGAUCCCCAGCGACCGGGUGCAGCUGGAGGCCAUAGUGGACCUGCUGAGCCUGUUUGACUGGAACUGGGUGGCGGCCGUGGGCAGCGACGAUGAGUACGGCCGCCAGGGGCUCAGCAUCUUCUCCAGCCUAGCCAACAACCGCAGCAUCUGCGUCGCCCAUGAGGGCAUCCUGCCGCUGCCCAAGGCCCAGGACCCGCAGGACCUGGGCAAGGUGGGCAACAUCCUGCAGCAGAUCAACCAGAGCGCGGUGCAGGUGGUGGUGCUCUUCUCCACGGCGGCGGCUGCCCGCACCCUCUUCCAGUACUGCAUCCAGACUCGGGUCACACCCAAGGUGUGGGUGGCCAGCGAGGCCUGGCUGGUGUCCGAACUGGUCGUCAAGCUGCCCGGCAUCCAGAGGGUGGGCACCAUCCUGGGGUUCCUCCUUCAGGGCUCCCCGCUGCCGGAGUUCAGCGACUACGUGGCCCGGUGCCUGAGCCAGGCCGCCAAUCAGACCUUCUGCGACAGCCUGGGUGAGACCCUGCCCUCCGAGGAGGACGUGAUUGGGCCACAGUGUCCGCAGUGUGACCACAUCAGCCACGAGAACAUCUCGGCUGGCCUGCAGCACCACCAGACCUUCGCUGUCUAUGCGGCCGUCUAUAGUGUGGCUCACGCCCUGCACCGCUCCCUGGGCUGUAAUGCCUCCGGGUGCCCCUCCCGGAACGCCACUAGGCCCUGGGAGCUUGUGAGUAAGAUGUACAACCUGCGCUUCCCCGCCCGCUCGCUCACCCUGCAGUUCGAUGACAGUGGGAACGUGGACAUGAACUAUGAUCUGAAGUUGUGGGUCUGGCACAGAGAUGAGGAGCCAGAGCUCCUUACCGUGGGCACCUUCCAAGGGAGCCUGGAGCUCAAUCGUUCCCAGAUCCACUGGCACAGCCAAGGGAAUAAGGAGCCUGUGUCCAGGUGUUCCCGGGAAUGUGAGGAAGGCCAGGUGCGGAGGGUCAAAGGUUUCCACUCCUGCUGCUAUGACUGCCUCAGCUGCAAAGCCGGCACCUACAGAAAGAACCGGGAUGACCUGACCUGCAGCCGCUGCCCAGAGCACCAGUGGUCUCCUGAUCUCAGCACCCAGUGUUUUCCUCGGCCCCUCAGGUUCCUGGCUUGGGGGGAGCCGGUGGUAGUGGCCCUGCUCCUGCUGCUGCUGCUGGAGACAGGCCUGAGCCUGGCGGCUCUGGGGCUCUUCUGCCACAGCCGGGGCUCGCCCCUGGUGCAGGCCUCGGGAGGAAGCCUCAGCUGCUUCGGCCUGGGCUGCCUGCUGCUGGUGUGUCUCAGUGUCCUGCAUUUCCCAGGCCGGCCCAGCAGAGUCAGCUGCCUGGCUCAGCAGCCCCUCUUCCACCUGCCCCUCACCGGCUGCCUCGGCACCCUCUUCCUCAGGGCGGCUGAGGUCUUCCUGGCUUCCGAGUUCCCGGGCAGGGCCGGGCGGCUCCGGAGCUGGCUGCGCGGGCCCCGGGCCUGGCUGCUACUGGUGCUGCUGCUGCUGGCGGAGGGCGCGCUCUGCGCCUGGUACCUGGCGGCUUUCCCCCAGCGCAUGGUGACAGACUGGCAGGUGCUGCCCCGCGAGGCGCUGGUGCACUGCCAGGUGCGGUCCUGGUUCAGCUUCGGCGUGAUGCACGGAGUCAACGCAGCGCUGGCCUUCCUCUGUUUCCUGGGCACCUUCAUGGUGCAGAGCCAGGCCGGGCGGUACAACCUGGCCAGGGGCAUCACCUUUGCCAUGCUGGCCUACUUCAUCAUCUGGAUCUCCUUCAUCCCACUCCUCGCCAACGUGCCCAAGGUCUACCAGCCGGCCAUGCAGAUGGCCGCCAUUUUGCUCUGUGCCCUUGGGAUCCUGACCACCUUCUACCUGCCCAAGUGCUACCUGCUGCUCUGGCAGCAGCAUCUCAACACUCAGGAGUUUUUCCAGAGCUUUCUGGAGCUGGGGCCGUGGGACAGAGGGAAAGAAGGGGAAGGGAAGGCCACAAGGGACAGGAGCCAGUGAUUUCCAAAGUCUAGGCCUGGGCUGACCCCACCUCCACAAGGAUUCCGCUCCAGGGCCCAGCGAUGCCAACCUCACAGUAAUUGACUCUCAGGGAACCCGGGUCUGUGGCACCUGUGAAACCCUAACUCCCCCCGAGGUUCCCCACAGACCCAUGGCGAUCCCAAACCCAGUAACAUGGAGCCCCAUAGUCCCAACCUCCAUGACUCCAUUGCCUCAAACAUGG